CAGACAUCAUGAUCAUAUAACCUGAUACCAAGUAUAAUAGGAUGUCCCCCAACUUCUAAUAAACAUGACUUCCAUCUAAUCUCCCAGGGAAGCCACCCAAAAGACCUAUAUUCUAAUUCUCUAACAUACGAUUUAUUUAAUCACUCACUUUGUACCAAGAUGUCCCGUAGGUCAAAGAUGUCCCGUAGGCCUCCCAAACAUUCUCCCAGCCAUCCAAUCAGAGCACCUACGCUUUCGGGUGAUAUCAUUUUCUGUAUAGUCAGGAGCAACUUUCACACAACGGGUGUUAUUAAUAACUUAUCAAAAACAUGUCGCCUCUACUGCGGGGCUCUGGAUUCAUUGCUCUAUAAAGCUGACGUACUUAUGGCGAAGCAAAGAGUCGUUGACAGGAGAUAUCAACAUUUUUACGCCGAUCCCUUUUUGAAUCUCUCGGUGGGAGCUGAGUCAUGUAACCUAUAUGAUUCGGGGGCGUCAGCCCUUCAUUGGGCCGCCAAAGCCAAUGAUAGUGUCGGCAUAACAGUAGCUCAGAAGUCCAUCAAGGCAGCGCUAGUAUAUUGGCCGGACUAUCUCCACGUUCAAUGUGGGAGAACAGCCGCAAUGACACCGCUUCAAUUAGCAGCCAAAUAUGGUGCGGACGAGAUAAUUCAGGAGCUGAUAAAGGCCGGUUCUCUGGUUGAUACGCAAAUCAUAUUAGAUGUUACGAGAAACCCCUGCAAAAAGUUUCGAUUGUCCGAGUUAUUGCAAUAUAGAUGUUUCAAAGCUACUUCGCUCCAUAUCGCUAUGCUAUAUGGGCAUGUGCAUACUGCUGAGACCCUAGCUCAUCUUACGCAAAAUCUUGAGGAUUCCCAGGAGACUCCGGGUGUAUUCUCACCGCUAAAAUUGGCCGCUAUGUGCAAAAUGCCAUCGGUCAUUAAAAUACUGCAAACUCGAGGCUACAAAGUUCUGGGAAAUGAACGAUACUUACGUGACAUGAGAUAUACACCCAUUCAUUUUGCAGCCAGUACCGACGGCAACGAAGAGACCCUUCGGUUUUUGAUGAAUACCGGUUAUAGCGCCAAGGCUGUCGACAACGACGGUCGUUGUCCUUUCGGGACCGCAAUUGCGUUUCGCUGCCUGUCCAAUGCUUUAUUCCUAAUCAAAGAUCUCUCGGCGGAGGAAAAACUGGACGUAGCUGAUAUGCAUUUUGAUAAACUGAUACGGAAAGAUGUUUUUCUUCCGGUCGUCAAGACCCUAUUAGAGCAUAACAACAUCGGGCGACAUCGGGCUCGUCGCUACAAGAACGUUAUAUUAAAGCACUAUAACAACCAAGAUUGGCGUAAAUAUAUCCUAGAUACGCUUGAUUUCUUAAUCCAUCACCCAAAUAUUAUAUUCUCGAAGAAUACACACGCUAGUCUUGUCGCGGGGAUAGCCGAGACUCGGGAAGAAGCUGAACUAGUUGGAUUUUUCGUAAACUACUCUCAUAGAUAUAAAGAAUAG